CUCCUCUUCACACUUGUACAGUUACAUCAGUUUGUACCCAAUGGGCACCGAUAAGGAGCCUGGCAUCGAGGCGCACGCGGAGGGUGAGGAGGGGGUUCAGGAGGAACCGUGUACAGAGCGUGCGCAGGACGAUGGGAACCCGCUCAGCACCUACAGCUGGCACACGGGCGCGCGCCCUGAGCAGGCCGCGGGGGGGAAGUGGAGUAAGAUGCAGAGCUGGAGGAAAGCGCUGAGCGAGGACACACCCGAAAAAUCACCCGCACCCACACCGGGACAUGGUCCUGCUGCUGAGGGUCCGGGGGUGCGCCCGGGGGACACACACACCAAACCGGCCAGCGCGAGGAAGAACCCGUUCAGAAGAGCUCUGUCCGAACCCCCCGGUUCCCUCCUGUCCUCCAUCCUGAACCCCUCAUCAUCCUCAGCAGCAGCAGCCGGGGGGUCUGGGAUGGACAGCGAGCCCGCACAGGGGGGCAGGAUCCGAAAAUACCUGCAGCAGAUGUCCCAGAAAUUCAAGAAACCGCGCACACAGACUCGAACCGGCAUCAGCUCAGCAGCGCAACACCAACAGCAGGAUGUUCCGUGUGCUGAAUCAUUGGUUUCAGAUGCACUUCAGUUCUCCUGGGUUCCUCAGGACGUUCCUGUGUGGGACAUCAGUAACUGUGCUCUACAGGAUGGACAGAUCAUCAUCUCCAGAGACGAGGAGCCUCUGCUGCGGAUGAGGAACCGAGCGAGCAGCUGCCUGUCCAGCCUGAGCCUACAGAACCUGAGUGAGAGUCACACCAACCUCGUGUGCAGUCCGGAACAACCAGCUCCCAGCAGCGUCCCAAAACCGAAAGCUCAGGACGGAGGAGUGAGGGCGAAGAUUAAGCGGCGGCUGCAGAAUGGAAUUCAGAGGAAACUCAGUAACCCUCAGAUUAACACUGUAGGACUGAGCAACGCUACACGGUUUGGUUCCCGCGACUCUCUGGCGGUUCCGGUCGGUGCUGCUGAGAGUCUGGACGUGAGUUCUGACCGGACCACGGUGAUCAGACCGGUACACGGUUCCAUCCUGGGGGAGAAGUACUGUUUCGAGGUGAUUAACUCCGACAGUAAUCACUGCUUCGGCUGCAGCUCGGCCGCUGAGAGAGACCGAUGGAUCGAGAACCUGCGGCGAGCAGCUCAACCCAACAAGGAUAACUGUGAGCGGACGGAGAACUCUCUGAGUUUGUGGGUGAAUGAAGCUAAAGAUCUUCCACCUAAGAGGCGCUACUACUGUGAGCUUUACCUGGACGGGACUCUGUUUGCUCGCACCAGCAGUCGCGUGGUGGAAAAAUCCUCCUCGCUCCCAGGAAAUGACGGAGGAUCCAGCGGCGUGGGCGUGGCUCCUGGAGGAGGGGGUGGAGCAGGAGGGUGCCAGCUGUUUUGGGGCGAGCUGUUUGAGCUGGAUAACCUCCCGCCAGUCACGCAGGUCAUUCUCCACCUAUUCUGUGACGACGAGCCCAAGAAGAAGCGUCACUCGAAGGACGAGGUGGUGACCUACCCGCUGGGCAGCGUGGCGCUCUCACUGUCUGACAUUACAGGACGAGCCUUUCAGGAGAAGUGGUAUCCCAUCAUUCCCUACAAGCCCCCCGGUGUGAGCGUGGUGAAGGAGCUUCUGGGGCUGCAGGCAUCCCUCAGGGUGAAGGCUCGCUUCCAGAAGCUGCAGGUUCUCCCCAUCGAGAGGUAUAAGGAGUUUGCCGAGUAUGUAACUUUGGGGUACGUGGAGAUGUGCAGCCGGCUGGAACCUCUGUUGAACGUCCGGGACAAAGAGGAGCUGGCAGGAGCGCUGGUACAUGUCCUGCAGAGCAUCGGCAAGGCCAAGGAGUUCCUGAUUAAUCUGGGUGGUGCUGAGGUUCAGCGUUCCGGGGAGAAGGAAGCUUUGAUCUUCAGAGAGAACACGCUCGCCACCAAAGCCAUCGACGAGUACAUGAAGCUGGUGGGUCAGAAAUAUCUGAUUGACGUUCUCGGUAAUUUCGUCUCCCGGCUCUACACGUCACCAGAGAGUUGUGAAGUCGAUCCUCAGAAAUGUUCUGCUUCUGAGCUUCUCACCCACCAGUGCCAUCUGAAGGAAACGUGUGGAGAGGCGGUGCAGCAGAUCACUGAGAUGCACAGCUCGUUUCCUGUGGAGCUGAACGAGAUUUUCUCCAGUUGGGUUUCUGAUUGUGAGGAACGUGGUCAGGUGGAGAUCGGUCACCGCCUCAUUACAGCCUCUUUGUUUUUACGCUUCCUCUGUCCGGCUAUUCUCAGCCCCUCACUGUUCGGACUCACCCAGUCGUACCCGGAACCAAACACACUCCGUACCCUCACCCUCACCGCCAAAGUGCUGCAGAAACUCGCCAACUUUACACCGUUCGGGGAGAAGGAGGAGUACAUGCUCUUUAUGAACGAGUUUCUAGAGGAACACUGGGACGAUAUGAGGAACUUCCUGCAGAGAGUGUCGGACCCGGACGGUGAGUUGGCGAUGGCGCGGUUUGACGGUUACGUUGAUCUGCCGUUACGUCUCGCCGUGCUGCACCGUCUGUUAGCCGAAAUCAUCUCCCCCAUGAAGCAGGAGACAAUCGAGAACCUGCAGCCGCUGCCAUCCAUCCUCAACCAAAUCACCAAACAUCUGGGUCCAGAUGUUCCUCACAUCAGCUGCAGCAGUUACAGAAAUGAAGAAAUGAAACCCGCGUACGUGCCGCCCCGAGACCUGAGUAAGUACAGCCCGCUAAAUAAAUCCCUCCAGACCCUCCCGACCGACCCCCGAACCCUCCACACCCGGGACAAACACCGCAAACAAGUGACCAGGACUCAAAGUGUCCCCUCGUCCCGGAUACACCAGCGCCACCUGCUGAAGAGACGGAGCAGCAUCACCGAACUCACCACCGACAACAAGGACGAGUCAGCUGAUCACGAUCAUCAACCCCCCAUGAACAUCUCAUCACCCCAGAACAGCGCUCAGUCCAGACCGGUCCCGUGGAUUAAUGUGAACUAUAAUGAACCGUAUCAGAUGAAUAAGAAGCAGGAGGAUCUCGGCCUGCUGGACAAGCAUGUUCAGGAACUCUGUGAGUUGCGUUUGGGUGUGGAGCAGGUGACCGAGCGUGAGCUGGACGUGGAGAAACGUUUGGAGGAUUUUAUUGUUGUGAGUAACGAGCAGCAGAUUCAGCAGCAGAAUGAACUGCAGGAGCUGCGCAGUGUGUUAGCGCUCAGAGACGAACAGCUCGCUAGCGCCACCUUCAGACUCGGGGUGAUUGAGGAAGAGAGGGAGGAGGAUGAGAGGAAACUGGGCGUGGCUUUAGCUGCAGCUGAACGCAUGGACGUGUUGGAGGAACAGUUCGCCAGUUUGCUGAAGGAAGUGCAGCGGUUGAGCGCAUUGGUGGGGGCGGGGAGUGUAAAGGCGGAGUCCCCGGUGGUGGGGGCGGGGAGUGUAAAGGCGGAGUCCCCGGUGGUGGGGGCGGGGUCUGUAAGGGCGGAGUCCCCGGAGUGGGACUCAGAUCUGGUGACUGGGGAGGCCAGUGAAGCUCCCUGA